AUGGCGGCCCCACAGAAGGUUACUUACUCCGACAUGUUCCUCGAUAUGAUUCAGGGCAGCUCCAUCACGGUCAUCGUUGGUCAACACCCAUCAUCUCGAACCUACACCCUUCCUGUCGCUCUACUCUGCGUCCAUUCCAUCUUCUUCCGCGACCAAAUCGCUCGUAUCAAUGCCACGGUGUUGAAGGACCAUACGGCUAGCAAAAAGCGCAAACACUCCACUUCCAAUGAUGACGUUGUGGUGAUCAAGGAAGAAGAUGGAGAGCUUGCCACAGAGGAAGACACGAAAGAGAACGCAAAGAAUGAAGAGAACAUCAUCAGGUUGCCAGAUGUGGAUCCCGCCAUCUUCGGUCUUUUCCUCAAGUUCAUCUACAAGGACUCAUAUCCAUCCAACGUGGACGCGAGGACUCUGCCAAACAAUGCCCAUGUUUACCCGAGGACAGCCAGCGCAAACACCGCUGCUUCCAUUCCAGCGACAACACUGGCACCUCGUCAACCACCCACUCAGAUGCCGUCUCACUUCCAGCCCAACUACCCGCUCACCCCCGCUCAACCCCCAACCCGAACAACCAUGCCACCCCCUCCCAUCCCAUACAACAUAACCUCUCCGCAACCCAUCCCCCCCUCGAUCCACGCCUGGCUCCUCGCCCAACGCCUCGGCGCCCUCUCCUUCAUGAACCAUACCAUCCAACACAUAUACUCCGGUAUAGGCCGUCACUUCGCCCUCACACCCACGCUCAUCGACCACGUAUGGCAGCAAACCACACCCUCAUCUUCUCCCACAUCAACAGUCCUAACACCCUCGCCCCUCCGCAACCUCCUCCUCCACACCCUGACGACCUACUGGUCGCAGCCGGGCCCGCAGCAGAACCCCAACGCUAUUAUCUUACGCUCGCUAUCCGUGUCACAUGGUCAAGGCCACUUCUCGACGGGUUUGAAAGACGCGUGGGACAGGCUGUUCAACGAGCACGAAGAUUUGAGGAAUGAGUUCAUCCAUGGGCUGCAGGCGGGUCCGGGGCAGUUGGGGGCUGUGGGGUCGUAUUUUGCUAGUUCUUCACCUGCACCGGUCGCAGUGGGGGUUAUGGGUGAUAGGCGAGAAGUUAUCAAGGGAAAGGAGAAAGGGAAAGAUGGGGGUGGUUGGAGGUCGGACGAGCAUGUGGUUCUUAUCAAGGAGGAGAACAACGAUGAGAUGAAGGUUGUGAAUGAGACGAAGGCGGCUCGUGUCUAA